AUGUCUACCGAUCAGUAUACUGUUCUUGAACUGGGGCCAGUAUAUAGCCCCUUCUUCGGAAGCAUGGGCGCUACUGCUGCGAUGGUUUUUACUGCAUUAGGAGCAGCAUAUGGAACGGCUAAAUCCGGAACCGGCAUUGCAGCCAUGUCCGUCAUGAGACCGGAGUUAAUCAUGAAAUCGAUUAUACCUGUUGUCAUGGCCGGUAUAAUUGCUAUUUACGGCUUGGUCGUAGCUGUGAUCAUUGCGCAAGGGGUUCGAGCAGCUCCGGAUUAUACUCUUUACACGUAA